AGUUCCCGUGUAAACAUGGCGUCUCACUUGUCUUAUGGCCGAGUCAACCUCAAUAUUUUGAGGGAAGCUGCGAGGAAGGAGCUGCGAGAAUUCCUGGACAAAUGCGCAGGAAGCAAGGCCAUUGUGUGGGAUGAGUACCUUACUGGACCCUUUGGAUUAAUAGCCCAGUAUUCAUUGCUGAAGGAACAUGAAGUGGAAAAAAUGUUUACACUUAAAGCGGGGCGUGUGCCACCAGCUGAUGUAAAAAACAUCAUUUUCUUUGUACGACCAAAGCUGGAGUUGAUGGACAUUAUUGCAGAGAAUGUAAUGAGUGAGGACAAGUUACAGCCCCAGCGCGAGUUCCACAUACUGUUUGUACCUCGGCGGAGUCUACUCUGUGAGCAGCGGCUAAAGGAACAAGGCGUCCUCAACUCCUUCACCAACAUAGAUGAGUACAUCCUGGACCUCAUCCCGUACGACGGAGACCUGCUCUCCAUGGAGUCCGAAAGUGCAUUCAGGGAAUGUUAUCUCGAGAAUGACCAGACAAGCUUGUAUCACACCGCUAAGGGUUUGAUGACUCUGCAGGCCCUGUAUGGGACGAUCCCUCAGAUCUUUGGCAAAGGAGAAUGUGCGAGGCACGUAGCAAACAUGAUGUUGCGGAUGAAGAGGGAGUUCGCUGGCAGUCAGAAUCAAAUCCUGCCCGUGUUCGACACGCUCUUGUUACUGGACCGAAACGUGGACUUGCUCACGCCACUAGCCACACAGCUCACCUACGAAGGCCUCAUCGACGAGAUCUACGGCAUCACUAAUGGAUAUGUGAAGCUUCCCCCUGAGAAGUUUGCCCAGAAGAAGGCAGGUGAAGGAGGUAAAGAUCUGCCCACCGAGCCCAAGAAGCUACAGCUCAACUCGGCCGAGGAGCUCUACGCUGAAAUCCGAGACAAGAACUUCAAUGCUGUGGGAGCAGCUCUUAGCAAGAAGGCCAAGAUCAUCUCUGCUGCAUUCGAAGAACGUCACAAUGCAAAGACAGUUGGAGAGAUUAAACAGUUUGUGUCUCAGCUGCCCCACAUGCAGGCUGCCCGCACCUCCCUGGCCAAUCACACGUCCAUUGCUGAGCUCAUCAAAGACAUCACCACCUCAGAAGUUUUUUUUGAUAACUUGACCGUGGAGCAAGAGUUUAUGACUGGAGUAGACACAGACAAGAUUAACACUUACAUAGAGGACUGCAUAGCGCAGAAGGAUCCGCUUAUCAAAAUCCUCCGGCUGGUCUGCAUGCAGUCCGUCUGCAAUAAUGGCCUGAAACAGAAAGUCCUUGAUUUUUACAAGAGAGAGAUCCUGCAGACAUACGGAUACGAGCACAUUCUGACACUCAACAACCUGGAGAAGGUGGGUUUGCUCAAACCACAGACCACCACCAGGAACAACUAUCCCACCAUUAGGAAAACCCUCAAGCUCUGGAUGGAGGAUGCAAAUGAGCAGAACCCGAACGACAUCUCGUAUGUGUACAGCGGUUACGCUCCUCUUAGCGUGAGGCUCACUCAGGUUCUGGCUCGGCCGGGCUGGAGGAGCAUCGAGGAGGUGCUGAAAAUGCUUCCUGGGCCACACUUUGAGGAGAGACAGCAGCUUCCACCCGGACUUCAUAAGAAACGUCAGCAAGGAGAGAACAGGACAACGCUGGUGUUCUUUCUCGGUGGUGUGACAUACGCUGAAAUCGCAGCGCUCCGCUUCCUGUCUCAGAUGGAGGACGGUGGGACCGAGUACAUCAUUGCCACCACCAAACUCAUCAAUGGCACCAGCUGGAUAAAAUCUCUAAUGGACCGUCCUGAAGCGCAAACACUCUAAAAACGUCCCAUGAGCAAUAUUUAGAACAUGUGCUAAUUUAUCUAAUAUACAGAUGUACAAACUCAAAGUCAUUCAGUCAUUAAGUGUUCCUUUUUUUUUUCUUUUUUUUAAGCUUCUUUUCUGGCAAAUGUACCACCGUAAUUCCCUGCGCACCCGAACUGAAAGGCUGUUAGUAACCACUGCCGAAAUUGCAACAACACAUGUCCUUUGAUAAAAAAAAAAAAAUCCUGUGAUGUCAUCUAUUGAAUGCUAUUUUUUUUUAAAGGAGUGCAUUUUCCUUUAUACUUCUACCGUGUAUCAGUAAUUCUUAACCCUGGUUCUGAAGGACCCCCAGCCUGCACAUUUUAAUGAUUUUCUUGUUCUAUCACACACACUCUCUUUUACAUAAAUUGCCGUUAAUUCUCAUUAGUUAAAUCAGGUGUGUUGGAACUGACCAAACUCUAAAAUGUGCAGGACAUUAGCUCUUCCAGGACCAAGGACAAGACCUCUUUUUCUAUAUAUCGAGGAAAUCAUGCAUGAACAAGUGGAACUGAACAGGAAGCAGUACAGUUGGUAGCUUAGCUAUCUAAGUCCUAUCCUGGUCUUUGGAGUUUCUCAUGUUCGCCCUGUGUCUAAUGUGUGUGCAUAGUGACAUGUGAUGGACUGGUGUCCCAUCCAACGUUCCUGAAAUCAGCUCUGGAUUCAGCCUGAUCCUGACAGACUGAGAACACUUUAGGAAAAGGAGCAUUACUAAUAUAUCCUGCUUUACUGAUCUGUGAAAUUGCAUUUGCCUUUGAUAUUUCAUACACUGUAAGAUGUCAGUGUUUUGCAGCAUUCAUGUACUUAUGACGUGUGUACUGGCCUUGUAAAUAAAUAAAUAAAUAAAUAAGAGUUCCUGUUUUUUGUGAGACUAA